UGCGAUGAGUCUUCCAUGCACACCACAUGGAAAUGAGUCAGUCAGGAGGGGCCUCACACGCUGAGUGCGUCAGAUGAACGCCAGGGUGGCGUCACUGAAGUGCUGCUCCAGAAAACACAACGUCUUGACUCGAUCUGACAUACAGAUGCGUACACACGAAGGCCAUGCGAUCGAGGACUCCUCCCCUGUCCUUUUCUCGCUAUCUGCCUACCUCCCUUCUUGUCGCCGCAGAGCGUCUCGCUGGUCUGCAUCGACUUGGCCUGGCUCAGGAUCCACCGGACGAAGUUGAUCAUGUGCGGCUGGCCGGCGUACUUGCCGCUGGUGUAUGUCGUUAUCCACCCCUCCCAACCGCCCACUGUCAGAAAGCGGCUGAGCUGCUUCUUCCACAGAGGCUUCUGCUGCAGGGCGGUCCUGUGCAUCUUCUUCUCGGCUGCGUACAACCGACCUGAACGGCGGACACAACAAGCAACGACCAUGCAAUGGACAGAUGGCCUGAGGUGGGGUGGUGUUCGCCUCUCUGAUGCCGCAGAGUGCUCCGGUUCAUUUGUCCACUCAUCAACCAACUCAUACAGAUGUCCCAGCGGCAAACCAGGGAAGGUAUGUUUCGUCUGACCGCCGGCCCACUUUGCGGUCAAGGUGGCCCCCCCUCUGACCUAAUAUUACCCCCGGGGCGUAUUGCCCCCACCCGAAACCCGAACCCUGAACCCUAACCCGAUUGGGGGGCAACCGCCCCCGGGACAGUUUAGGGUCCGUGAUCCGGGACCGACUCAUGGAUACUGACCUUUUGCAGCCCCCUCCCCCAUUCAAGGGGGAGGGGGCGAUGUUGCGUCGUCCGCAUUCCCACUUCCCUUCGCUGUCCGUGCCCUCUCUUCAAUCACACACAAGUGCAGCCGGUUUUUGGUUUCUCGGCCAUCCUCGCUUCCCCAGAUUUUCGGGAAUGGCCGCCAAAUCACCUCACGGUGCCCAACUGCCCUUUUGGCGGAGACCCAAAGGGUCAAGUACUGGCCAAUCGCGAUCGCUAGAUGUUCGUUCGUUCGUGUCAG